AUGGCAUACGAAGGCGGCUAUGGUGGUCAACAGCGACCUUACGGGAGCCAAGCACCACCUAGGCAUGCCCCGCGACAACAAGCCAAUGCGCCGCCACAACAGUAUGGAGCAUCACAACAGUAUGACGAGUAUCACCAAGACUAUGGGUAUGGCUCUGGACAGGAUUUUGGAGGUCAACGUCAAGACCAGAAUUAUGGUAGAGGACCGCCUCCACAAGACCAAUAUGGGCGCGGUGGUAGCGUGAUACCCGGUCCUCGCGGAGCGCCCAUUCCUCGUCCACAGACAGCUGAUCCGCAUCGUGGGCAACAGCGCCCUCCUCGAGGAGGCCCGAUGCCAGGACCAGGCAGAGGCAUUCCUAAUGGACACCCCGGGCAAGGCGGAAUACGUCCAGGACCAUAUGCGUCGAAUUCAGAUCCCGCAGCCCGCCGCCAUCCUAUGAACACGCCUCCUAUGAGCCCUCGAGACGGGCAUUUCGGACAAAAGCACGUGCCACAAGAGCGUGGACGAAGGCCAGACAUGCCUUAUGAGCAGCAGAUGGUUGAUCAAAUGUCGCAUAUGGACAUGAACCAGAGACCGAUGGUGCCAACUAAUGGACGUUCAAGUUCCGAUGCCCAACGCAACCAGGGCGAAUAUGGAAGACCACCAGUGAAUGCGGGUCGCGGACCCCCUCCGAGAGGUUAUCCUCAAGGAGGUCCUCCACGGCAGAACCCAGGCCACGGAGCUCCGGAUGGCUAUGGAAACUAUAACGAUGGAUAUAACGGUGCUCGAGAGCCUCCCGUAGGUGGCUUUGGCCCACCGGCACGCAGCAGAACGAUGCCUGUGGAUGAUGUGCGACAAAGAGGCAACAUGCCACCACCUCAACGGAUGGACGCAAUGCAAUAUAGCACUCCCGCUGGCCGAGGGAUACCACAAAGACCUUCGACUGCUGGCGGUCACCGGGCACCUCCCCAAAGGUCGUACACAGCUGGGCCACAAGGAGGCCCGGGGGGCCACUAUACUGGGGAGUAUGAUGGUCAAAAUGCAUACCAUAAACCAUCAACGGCUUCUUAUGACGAAGUUUACGAUACCUAUUUCGACAAUCAACGCAACAGCCACCCUGAAUACGGGUCAGAAUCCCAGCACAAUCGAACCAGCCUACCGGACUUCGAUGCUGCACCAGCUCCAGGGCAACGUAGUUCGUUCGAACAGUCAAUGCGCCCUAGCAAUGAACAGCCUCAGCGAGGAGCCCACCAAACAGCCGUCCUUAAUCACGCCAAGUCACAACCGGUCCUUCGUCAACCUCAAACAGCUGUGUUUGAGAUGGCUGGCGAUGUGCCAGAUGUCCCCGCAGUCCCACCGGUUCCACCGAUGAGCAACUACCAGACUGCGUAUGAUCAGGAUUAUAACCAAAUACCGACCAGAGGACCUAGUGCACCAGCAGCUAUGAAUGGUGCUCGUACUAGUGGACCCAUGAAUGCGGAUGGCCUUCCUUCACAUCCUGCUCCUAUCCGACCGGGUCUUAUGCAAGAUUCAAUGGUUCAUCUGGGUAAUAAGCCAGCUCCCGUUAGAAAUUACGGAGUCCCUACGCCGGCGCCGGCG